UGAAUGAAUAAAUGAAUGAAUGCGAGCUUGCUGGAGGCGGGGCCAGGCGGGGUAGAGACCCGACCACUUGCAGCCAUAGAGUCCGCCCAGAGGCUGGCGCUAGAGUGGUUGCAUGCGUGCAGCGUGCGUCGCGUUCUCUCGGAAGUCUCCGAGGGCGGAGGCGGAAACGGAAACCUACCGAGGGCCGAGGAGGCCUCUGACGCGUGCGGAGGUUUCGUUUACGUGCCCCUAGGCCUCAUGGCGGUCCGAGCGUCGUUCGAGAACAACUGUGAGGUCGGCUGCUUUGCUAAACUUACCAACACCUACUGCCUGGUGGCCAUCGGAGGGUCGGAGAACUUCUAUAGCGUGUUCGAGGGUGAGCUUGCUGAUACCAUCCCUGUGGUGCACGCCUCCAUCGCCGGCUGCCGCAUCAUCGGGCGCAUGUGUGUGGGGAACAGGCAUGGUCUCCUGGUGCCCAGCAACGCCACCGACCAGGAGCUGCAACACAUUCGCAACUGCCUCCCAGACUCAGUGCAGAUCCGGCGGGUGGAGGAGCGGCUCUCAGCCCUGGGCAAUGUCACCACCUGCAACGACUACGUGGCCUUAGUCCACCCAGACCUGGACAGGGAAACAGAAGAAAUCCUGGCUGAUGUGCUAAAGGUGGAAGUCUUCAGACAGACAGUAGCCGACCAGGUGCUGGUAGGAAGCUACUGUGUCUUCAGCAAUCAGGGAGGGCUGGUGCAUCCCAAGACUUCAAUUGAAGACCAGGAUGAGCUGUCCUCUCUCCUUCAGGUCCCGCUUGUGGCGGGCACUGUGAACCGAGGCAGCGAGGUGAUCGCCGCUGGGAUGGUAGUGAACGACUGGUGUGCCUUCUGUGGCCUGGACACAACCAGCACAGAGCUGUCAGUGGUGGAGAGUGUUUUCAAGCUGAAUGAAGCCCAGCCUAGCACCAUUGCUACCAGCAUGCGGGAUUCCCUCAUUGACAGCCUCACCUGAGUCUCCUUCCAUACUCUUCAUGGGCUCCUGGCUCUGGACUUUGGCUCCGUCUCCACGCCCCACCCAGUCUGUCCUGGAUGCUGGCAGGGUGGUGGCAGAGAGCUCACCUGGACUCAGUGGCUGGAUGCCCAGCCCUUCUUCACCUGUGCCCAUCUCCUGAAUCUAUAGUUACUGCAAAACUCUGCCACAUCAUGCUGGCCGGCAGGUCCUAUGGCUUCUGGCUGAGAGCUCUGUUGUCUGUGCCAACCCAUUAAAGGGCAGCUUCUUCCGGCCA